AAUCUCCCUUUCUCCCUCCCGACCUCUCCCGUCGCCGGGGCCUCCGAUCGUCGUCGUCGUCGUCGUCCCUCCUCCGCCGCUCCGGCGGGCCUCGACCAACCACCGGCGCAUCAAGGGUUUUUGGCAGGCCGGCGGGGGGGUAAAACCCGGGACAGUCGAGUUGCAGACAUCACGGCUAUACACGGAGCAACGCCGCCGCUACUCUUACAUGCCCGUGCCGCACGCCGCAAGGGUCGUCGUUGCGUGACCGCGGACGUCGGCAACCUUUCGCCGCACGGCGGGCGCGGCGCUCUCCCCUCCGAAGGCGGCAGCCCCUCCGAUCUCCUCUUCCUCGCCGGCGGCGGUCCCCUCUCCCCCUCCCUCUCCCCCUCCUCCUCUCCCCUCUGCUAGAGCCAUUAGGGUUUUUGCCUUUUGUUUUGCACAGAGGCUUUAAGUUUUUUUCGGUAUUACUUCCGUCCGGUUUCGCCUUUGAUUCGUUAGGGCUAGUGUCGCCGGGGUGUGGAAUUCGAUCUGUCCGGUUCCGGUUGCUUGAGAAUCGCUAGGGUCUUUUUGGUGCUUAGCUAGAAAGAGUAGGAAAGAUGAUGCUCAGGAUUAAGAGGGUUCCGACUGUAGUUUCGAACUACCAGAAAGAGGAAGCUGAGGAGGGGGCUCGCCGUGGAGGGGGUUGCGGCCGGAAUUGCCUCAACAAAUGCUGCAUUCCAGGGGCGAAGCUCCCUUUGUAUGCUUUCAAGAGGGUGAACUUUGUUGCUGGUGAGAAGGCUCUGGCUGUGGGUGAGAAUCCGGAGCCACCCGUUGCCUUUCUCGACUCGCUCCUUCUGGGGGAGUGGGAGGACCGCAUGCAGAGGGGCCUAUUUCGCUACGACGUAACCGCCUGCGAAACUAAGAUCAUACCUGGUGGGCAAGGAUUUAUUGCCCAGCUGAACGAGGGUCGCCAUCUCAAGAAGAGGCCAACUGAAUUCCGUGUUGAUAAGGUCCUCCAGCCCUUUGAUGGAAGCAAGUUCAACUUCACUAAAGUUGGGCAGGAGGAGAUCCUCUUCCAGUUUGAAGCAAGUGAAGAUGGUGAAGUGCAAUUCUUCCCAAAAGCUCUGAUCGAUGCGGACAACUCCCCUAGUGUCGUUGCUAUAAAUGUCAGUCCCAUUGAAUAUGGGCAUGUGCUGUUGAUUCCUCGCGUCCUCGAAUGCUUGCCUCAGAGGAUUGACCGCGAAAGCUUCUCUCUUGCACUCUAUAUGGCUGCAGAAGCUGGGAAUCCAUACUUCCGUCUUGGUUACAACAGCUUGGGUGCCUUUGCCACCAUCAAUCAUCUCCAUUUUCAGGCAUACUACUUGGCGGUUCCCUUUCCUAUAGAGAAGGCUCCUACCCAGAAAUUAACUGCUUUGGAAACUGGAGUUACAAUCUCUGAACUUGUCAAUUAUCCGGUCAGAGGUCUUGUUUUUGAGGAUGGAGACACCGUGCAAGAUCUAUCCAAUGUAGUUUCUGACUCCUGCAUUUGCCUCCAAGAUAACAACAUCCCCUACAAUGUCCUGAUCUCUGAUUGUGGGAAGCGGAUUUUUCUCUUACCCCAGUGCUACGCCGAGAAGCAAGCUCUAGGGGAAGUGAAUCCAGAACUUCUGGACACCCAGGUGAAUCCAGCUGUCUGGGAAAUCAGUGGGCAUAUGGUCCUGAAGAGGAAGAAGGACUUUGAGGAGGCAUCUGAAGAAAAUGCUUGGCGUCUUCUUACGGAGGUUUCUCUUUCUGAGGAGAGAUUCCGAGAAGUGAAUGCUCUGAUAUUUGAAGCCAUCGCAUCUGUGGGAAAUGGUGGGCAGGACAUCACUCCCAGCACGAUUGACAAGCCUGAUGUGGAACCUCAAGCACCGGAAGAUGUUGAUGUCAUGAAGCAGAGCUCUCGCCCUGCAAUGGUGGCUGGAACGCAGGAGUGCCUGGUCCUGCAGUGAGAACUGGGUAUGUGAGGGAGAGGAACUUUUACUGUCUGUAUCUACAAGCCAACCGUCAUGGUUGGCAUAUUGCAGUAUUGGUACCCCCCUGUGGAUGCUACUAAUUGAUGGAAUAAGCAAACCGUGUUUGCGCGCUACGCUGUGUAUUAGCAGUGUAGCUGCUUGUGUAUGCCGUGUACUAUUUCCUCUUCAUGUGGUCCGGGGCGUGUUCUUUGGAUGUCCACUGUUGAUUAUGUGAACUGCUAAGUCAUAUAUGCUUGGUAGAGGAUGAUCCUUUGGUCUCAA